GGGGAUCGAGCCACUGGAAGUAUGAGGAGCUGGAGCUGAAUAUCCAUAAGCGAUAAGUACCAGUGUGUAGUGAACCGAGACGAAAUAAAUUCCCUGGAACAGGCGGGAGACCGAGAGUGAGCAGGAGGAGGAGAAGGAGAACCUUUUCGCCAUGCAGGCGACUAACCAGCAUCGACCAGUAACGCCUGGCACUCCGGACUCGGCGCACAUAGUGAUUGGUGCAGCGGGAUUUGUGGCCCACGAGAGACGUCAUCCCGGCGGCGGAAAGAGCCUAAUGAAUUGCUUUCGUGAUCGUUCCUCGACCUCGUCGAACUCGGCCAGCCACCAUCCUGGCUAUUUGCGCGGCCACAGUGUCACGGCGGGAGCGCUGUACCGUCUGGAGACAGCCAGCAAUUCCAGUGGCUCCAGCAAUCAUCUGGAUCGGGCCACCGGCGACUCUGGACGGCCGGAGGCGGUGGUCCUGCUGCGCGAACUGAAAUCCAAACCCAAUAAGCUGGCCCUGCUCAAGAGCAGCAGUACCAAGGAUCUCACCAGACUCUUCAUCGAUGAGGGCACCAACACGACCCUAAUGGUGUCCAACACCAGCCUGGAUGUGUGCUCCUCGAACUCCAGUUCCACGGGCAGUCCGGCGGGCAGCAGACCCAAGGCCAGGGAUCGCAACGCCGCCAAGGAAUGCUGCAGCACCUGCUCCAAGCGCUGGAGUGACCUCAAACAAAGGAUGCACACCAUGGAGCAGGAUCUGUUGGCGCAGACCUCCUACAGCCAGGAGUUGGAGGCGAAAGUUGGCGAGAUGAGUCGCCAGCUGGAGGAGCUGAUGCACGAGAGGGAGAAGGAGAGAGAGCAGCGGGAGAAACAGCGAUCCGCAGCCGGCGCUGGCAGUGGAGGCCAUCGGCAGGAUUCGGGACUCGGCAAACGGGGUCGCAACGGGAGCACGGGCAGUCCCAACGUAAGACCCUCCCGGCUGGCUGCCUGGAUGAAUCUGACCAACUGGUUCAAGAGCAGGCCCAGCGUGGAGACGCUCCGCGAGAAGCGCAUCUUCUUCGAUGAGCCGUGCUUCGACACGGAACUGGAGCUGGUGCUGAAGCACGACGUGCAUCGGACAGUGCCCCGGAUUGUGGUGGAUUGCUGUGAUCUCAUCGAGAACAAGUACCGACGCUCCACGCAGCCCAUUGAGGGCAUUUACCGCCAGUGCGGCGACUACAACAAGAUCCAGACCCUGCGCUUCGAUAUCGACGCCAACGACUACGAUGCACUGCGUCAGCCGGAUGUGGAUAUCCAUACGCUGACCGGAGUGCUCAAGCUGUUCCUGCGCGAGAUCAAGAGUCCGCUAGUGAGCGUCAACGAGGCCAAGACCUUCAUCGGAUUGCCCAAUCAGUGGUUGCUCGUUGAUCUCUACGUGAAGCUGGACUCCCUGAAGAGACUGAUCCGCUCCCUGCCCGAGUCCAAUCGGGACACCAUGGACUAUAUCUUUGGGCACUUUAAUAGGUUAACCAAGGUGCCGCUCCAACAUAUCAGCGCGGAAACGCUAUCCAUUUCGGUGGCGCCCUCGAUAUUCCACACUGUGCCCCAGGGCGCCCACCUCCAGGACAUCCAGCAGCUGCUGCGCGAGGGUGAGACACUGGCGGACUGCGUCAAGCUGAUGAUCGAGUACCAUGGCCGUAUUUUCGAGUAAGUGAAGCAACCCAGCAGCCCGAUGAUGGUGAUUGGUGAUGGUGCUUUGCUUCCCCCGCCCUCGAUCCCGCCUCUGUGUUAUUGUGGUCGUCUUAAAGUAACUUGCUAAACCGCCAACAUAUUCUGAAUAUCCCGAAACUCGAUCCCGCACCCUACCCACAUCCAAUCGCUCCACGCUCCAAAUACAUCUACAGAAACACCGCCGAUCGCCGACAUCGUCGCUUGAGUGUCCGGAAUUUGAAGAAGACGCUCUCCCAGCCGGAUCUCUUUCAUAAUUUAUUCUGAACCGGGAGGAUGGAUAUUCAGGAAGUCCACAUAUUGAAUGACUUAUGCAGGGAAAAAGAUAUUUCUUCCAUUUUUUUUUCGUAAUUGUAAUACUAGUAUUAGAUCUUAAUAUUAAAACCAUGACUAACUAUA